AUGUCCCAAUCAGCCUCGUCUCAGCCCACCCAAACUCCUGAUGCCGCCGCCCAAGUCGCCGGACACCCCUCCUCCCAUCCCUCCCGCACCACCGAACUCGCCGGUCUUAAAGUAAGACUUCGCGCCGCUCUGCGCCAAUUCCCCGACUUUCCCUCUCCUGGUAUUCUCUUCGAAGAUAUCCUCCCUAUCUUCGCCGACCCCACUCUGCACGAAGCCCUCCUUCGAUGCCUUGAGCUGCAUAUUCUCGAGGUCCACGGUAACCAGAAGCCUGAUGUUAUCGUUGGUCUGGAGGCUCGUGGCUUCCUUAUCGGCCCCAGUCUGGCUUUGAGACUUGGCGCUAGCUUUGUCCCUGUUCGCAAGCAGGGUAAGCUGCCUGGUCCCUGCGAGACCCAGGCCUAUGACAAGGAGUACGGCCAGGACUUCUUCCAGAUGCAGUCCGAUUCCAUCAAGCCUGGACAGAAGGUGAUUGUCGUGGAUGACAUUAUCGCGACUGGUGGCUCCGCAUAUGCCGCUGGAGAGCUCAUCAAGAGAAUGGGUGGUGACCUCAUGGGUUUCAUCUUCAUCCUUGAGCUGGAGUUCCUCAAGGGAAGGGACAAGCUCCCCGCCCCUGUGUACACUCUUCUUUCCGGCCAAGAGAGCAAGCUUCUGUGA